AUGCCGCUGCCGGUCCCGCGGGCUCCGCCGGCAUCGCCCGGCUCCGGGCUGCGGGAUUGGGGCUGCGGGAUGGGGCUGCGGGACUGGGAAUGCGAGACGGGCUGCGGGGGCUGCGGGAUCGGGACUGCGGGAUUGGGGCUGCGGAACUGGGGCAGCGUGAUCGGGGCUGCGGGAUCGGGGCUGCGGGAUAGGGGCUGUGGGAUGGGGGCUGUGGAAUCGGGGCUGCGGGAUCGGGGCUGUGGGAUGGGGCUGCGGGAUCGGGGCUGCGGGACUGGGGCAGCGUUAUCGGGGCUGUGGGAUCGAGGCUGCGGGAUUGGGGCUGCGGGACUGGGACUGCGGGACUGGGAAUGCGAGAUGGGCUGCGGGGGCUGCGGGAUCGGGACUGCGGGACUGGGGCUGCCGGACUGGGGCAGCGUGAUCGGGGCUGCGGGAUCGGGGCUGCGGGAUCGGGGCUGCGGGAUAGGGGCUGUGGGAUCGGGGCUGCGGGAUCGGGGCUGCGGGAUAGGGGCUGUGGGAUGGGGGCUGUGGGAUCGGGGCUGCGGGAUCGGGGCUGCGGGAUAG